AUGGUGUUUCGUGGAUUACGUCUUACUGUACUGUUACACUCAAAAGACCUUGUCACACCAUUUUUGAUGAAAAUGCUGGGACAAAUGCAAGUGCUGAGUACAAAUCUGAAAUGUGAGAAACAACGUGACGGAAAGUACUUGUACGAAUAUUCAGUGCAAGUUCAUCCCCAAGAAGAGGACGAGGAUCUAGCUGCACUUCUGCAUUCUGAAUCACACUCAACUAUGGGUAUUUCCACGAAUUCCGACUAUACUACAUCCUUGGAUUACUCCACGUUUUCUACCAAUGCCAAAGAUUCAUCGCUCUCUCGUAGUAUUUACUCCAAUGGUGAAUGUAUUUAUAUGGUCGAAGUUCGAUUCAUAUUGUUCCAUCAUAACAUGAACGGAAGGGCUCAGUUACGUAUCAAGGACGAGUUCCCGUGUAGUGCUACAGUUCGUGAAGUGAUCGAUCACUUUAGAAUCGAAACAGACGGUGUGCACAGAGGCGUGUUUGCUCCUCGCCUGGCCUAUGCGCUCGGACGCUCAAACAGAGGUACAUAUCCACUUCUAGACUGUGAUCUCGACAAAUCGCUUGCCGAACUUUGUGGCAGCGAUAUCGAUGCGAACACAAUCACAAUCAUAGCAGAUGUAACUCGCUCACAGUAG